UUUUUUUUUUUUUUUUACAGAAAAAAAAACCUUUUUUUUUUUUUUUUCAUAAAAGAACAAAGGGUUUUUUUAUAUAUAUAUAUAUUCUUAUUCUUUGCAAAGAAAAAAAAAAGAAAUAGAUAAUCCUUUUAUUGAUUGUAUGAUAUAACACUUUUUUUUUUUCUUUAUAUAUAAUUAUAUAUACAUUACAUUUUCCCUUUUUUUUUUCUUUUACAAAAAAAAAAUUUUUUUUUUCUAUACACUCUUACUUUUAUAUAUACAUACACACACCACACACACAUACAUAACAACAACAACAAUAACAACAACGCCCUUGUAAACAGUAAGAAUGACACAUGAUAAAAAGCCUCGAGGAAGAACAUCAUGUCAAGACCCCAACAAGACGGAUAAAGCAGGACGCACCAAAAUAUUUUCUUCCACCAGUUCAGGCAGUCUUCAGAAAGUCAAGGAAUUAAUUGAGCGUGGUGCAGAUGUAAAUCACAGAGAUAAUGCAGGCUGGGCUCCACUUCAUGAAGCCGCUCUCAAAGGUCAAUACGCCAUUGCCCAACAUCUCAUCCAAUGCGGUGCCAUUGUUAACGUACGUGGAUUUGAAGACGACACCCCUUUACAUGACGCCUGUUCAUAUGGUUAUGCCGAUUGUGUGAAAUUAUUGGUCGACUCGGGCGCAGACGUUUAUGCCCUCAACACCGAUAAAAAGAGACCCAUCGAUCUCUGUGAGGACAAGACCUGCAUCAGUCUUGUCAAGGCCAAAAUGAAGGAAUUAGAUCGUUUGGCUUCUAGAGACACGCAGGGUAAAACUUCGCUUCAUCGCGCCUGUAUCGAUGGCAACCUCACAAAAGUACAGCACUUAUUAAUGACCGGUGCCAAUACAAAUGCAACUGAUACCUUAGAAUGGACUCCGUUACAUUGUGCUGCCCGCUAUGGUCAUUUGGAAAUCACCAAAUUAUUAAUUGACCACGGUGCUGAUAUCAAUAGCUUGGGUCAGGGUGCCUCCACCGUAUUACACAUUGCUUGUCAGUACGGUCAUGAAGCUAUUGUACAAUACCUUGUUCAAAUGGGUGCAGAUGUGCAUGCCACAGAUGCUCAAGAUCAGACACCCUAUGCUGUCUCUCAUUCAGUGACGGUGCGACAAAUCAUUACUGCUCACAUUGACGAAGAACGCCGAUUAAGAGCAACCACGGAAGCCAUUGAUGAAAUCACUUUUGUAUCCAAUACCAAACAGAAACGUAAAAAUAACAACGAAGAUGCUUUACUAUCACGUGAGGAGCGUAAGAUUCAAGCCAUCAUGAAGGCUUUUGAAAAAGCAGAAAAGAAACAACAAGCCAAAAGAGAACGACAGGAAGAAACCAUUGUAAAUAAUAAUAAUAAUCAUAAUCAUACGCAUAAUAAUAUAAAGAAGAGAAAAUCGUCAUCCAAAAGAGACUGUUCCUCUGAGCCACCACCACCACCACCUACAACAACAACAACGCCCAUAACGCCAAAAAAACCGAUGGUUGUAGAUACAAGUAAAUUCGAUCCUUAUAAAAAGGAUACCAGUGGACGUACGCAUCUUCAUCGAUGGUCCAUUCGUGGUAACGUACAAGCGGUAGAAACCUUAUUAAAAGCUGGCGCAAAUCCAUGUGAACGAGAUCAUGCCGGCUAUACACCAUUACAUGAAGCCGCUUUACGUGGAAAAACUGACGUGGUUCGAUUACUCCUCGAAUCAAACGCAAAUGUCAAUUGUCAAGGUGCUGAUUUCGAUACUCCCCUUCAUGAUGCAACCGAGAAUGGAUACCCGGAUGUAGUGCUCUUACUACUCGAAUACGGUGCUGAUGUGAAUGCUAAAAAUUCGAAAGGCCUGACACCGCUGGAAAUCGCCAUCGAUCAAGAUAAUAAAGAAAUCGAGGCUCUGCUAAAGCAGUACAAAGAUAUCAAGCCGAAAAAACGAAAACUGGUAUUGGCAGCAGAUAUGCCACCGUGUAAACAACCUGAAUCUCCCACGUCGCCCAUCGGCAAUCAUAGUGGUGGUGUAUUUGGUGAUAUGAAGACCGCCAAAGCGCAUGCGCGACAACUUUCGGGCCAGCAUUUGCCUAAAAAGAGCUUAAAAGCACAUUUGGUGAAAACCGAAGUUACCCUAGCAACGACCCCGACCACGACUGUUGACGAAGGACCGCAUACACCUAUACCUACGCCACCUCCCGAACGAUGGCAACAAAAAGUCGUUUUAAAAGAAGAAGACCUAUACCCUUCCAUUCAUUGUGCAUCCCGCUAUCUUCCACUUUAUACAAUUCAAUUAUGUGAUCACUUUUUUGUGGUGGAUCUCCAAGUGAGUCUACUGUUGGGGAUUAGUACACAGGAUUUAAUGAGUCAGUAUCCUCAUCUGGACAGACGACCGGUUCAGAGCAAAGAAAAGGAAAGACUUUGGUCUCCACUAUCCACCAUGUUGACACAAGAUCAAUCACGUCAAGGGGAGAAACAGAAAUUUUUGGAAACGGACAUCUAUUUUGUUCGUUUGGAUCAAGUGAUUUCAGUGAUCAAGGAUGAUUAUAGUCAUCUAAGUAAGAGUAUCAUUACCAUCACAUUGGAUAUCGGUUAUACCUCUCCUCCUCCGGUAAAAUUACCACCUAAAUUUGCCAUGAAGAUGAGAAAAUGUGGUAUGCUUAAAUUUGAUCAGAAAACUUGA